UACUCUCCUCUUGCUGACAAAGAACUUUAACAGCAAGACUAUAAAGAUGUCAGACAACGAAGUCCAGUACGCUUCUGUUGUUUUCAAAAAAAAGAGAUCGGCAAGAGCUAAAGAAGAAGAAGAGGUUGUGUAUGAUGAUGUGAGGCCAAGCCAAACAGCUCGGGAAACAACUGUCACAAAGGGACUUUUGUCAGACAAAGAAGCAAAAAGACGUCGCUUGUAUCAGAAGUUGUUUUAUUGUUUUGGGAUUCUAUAUGUGAUUUUGGUGAUGGCCUUUAUUGGAGUCAGUGUCUACUGUAAGUUUUUUGUAUCUCUUGACAAGAGAGACAAACAUGAGCUGAAACAACUAAAAGACAACCAAACCUUCCUGCUAGAUGAAAUUUACAACAUGACAAACCUCAACAACAAAAUCAGUUCUGAUUUCAAAACCUUGGCUCAAAACUUCACAAGCUGCAAAAAAAAAAGUUCACAAUUCAACAUCCAGGUUCAAAACUUGACACAACAACAAAACAACCUGACAGCAGAAAUUAGUCAAGUUAAAAAGAACAACCACGACUUGCAGACAAAAAUGAAAACUCUCAGAGAAGAAAUAAAAACUUGUGAAAAGCAGAAACUCAGUCAAGUUCUGCAGAUCAUUGAUCAAUACUGUCCCAAAGAAAACAAUGUGAGACGGUGUAGUUCUUGUCCAAACGGCUGGAUUCACUCUCAGUCCAGUUGCUAUGCAGUUAAUAAUCCUGAACCUAGUAAUCAGAAAACCUGGGAAGAAGCACGAGAAGACUGCAUAAGAAAGGGUUCCAAUCUGACUAUUGUUGGAAAUGAAAUAGAAAAGACGUUUGUUGUUGAAUCUAGCUGGAAGGAUAAAGAGGGUAAAAUGAAAGGGUUCUGGAUUGGUCUCAGAGUUGAAGGAGGGAAAUGGAAAUGGAUGGACGGAAGUGAUCUGACCAAUCAAGCCUGGAUAAACCAGCAGCCUGCAACUGAUGGUCAAUGUGUAACUUCUCUCCAGAACCGAGAAUGGACAUCAGUGAGCUGUACUAAAAGAAACGGCUGGAUCUGUGAGAAGAAGGCUUUAUCUGUUUAAACAUAAAAUGUUAAGAAUAUUUGAAAAACCUGGAAAAUAUAUUAACAUUUUAUUUUUAUUUUUUUUUUUUACAAAAACUAAACAUCUAUAGUUUAUUAUUCAUUAUAAUAUCAACAGCAAAUGUAAUUUCAUGUUAGUUUAUUAACCCUCUAUGGCAUGGCGUUGCCCUCAGGCAACAACCACAUAUCCGUACCUCCCAUUGCUCCUUUAUUUUAUUUUUGGGGGGGAUGAUUUAAAGUAUCACCAGACAUACUUUUGUCCAAAUCAAAGAGGUAUUGAUUAUCAUGUGACCUUUUACUAUGAAGAGAAGCAGACCUUUUUAUGAAGCAAAGCUGCAUUCUACACCUUGACUCCUAAGUUAGAAAUUACUUUUCUUCAUGUUUAAAUUUUGGGUAACUCUAACUAAAAAUAUUGUUAUGUCUGUGAGUAUGUAAAGAAGCAUUGUAGAUCAUUUCAAAACAUGUUUUAUAUAUAAUUUACAGUAUAUGCUAAAACUGUGUUUUUUUGUUUGUUAACACAGGGCAACAUUGCACAGUUGGGGCCCUUUUGCUCAAACAAUAUUAUUCUACUGCGUUGAUAUGCAGUUGAUUACAAAAUAAUUAUCAAAGCCAAUUUUUUAACUUUAUUAUUGACUAACAGCAACAGGAGAUGGAUGCAAGAUCAUUUAAUGGACAAAAGAUGGAUGGUUCAUAAGUUGGGGACAUUCCCGAUGAAAACAUGAGGAUCCACUGUACCACCAUUAUUUCAUUGUUUGUUUAUCCACAAAACUAACUUCAGUCCCAAAGGGCGACAAGCUGCUCAUCAAUUAACAAAUGUUCCUAUUCCAAGACAGGCAAAAACUGAAACAAUACCUGCCAUAACCAAAAAUAUGGGGCUGCAGGUACUUCAUAUGGCUGGUGCAGAUAGUGUUCCUUACAACUUGAAAACCUACACAGGGCGAGUCGUGCCACCACCAAAUCUACCAGAUAUGGGAGCUGGUGGAAAUGUUGUUCUUUGCUUGGCUCAAAUUCUACCAAAGAAUCAGAACUACAAAAUGUUAAAAAAAAGAGCCUGCAGCCCUAACUCCAGUCACUGAUGUGAAUCUGGUUGCUACAACCCAUAGAAAAUCAAAUAAACAGAUGGUGAUUCACAGGUGUGUCAAUAAUCAAGUACCAGAAAUAUGAUAUACUUUGUUUUACAUCAGCAAGCAAUUCCUUCCUGAUGUUUUACAUAUAAUAGGGAAAAAGACUGAUAGCAACACCCUUUGUGAUUCAAACUCCCUUAAACAUACAAACAUACAAACACACAAAUGCUCAAACAAAAAACUAUAUUUAUAAAUAGUGGUUUUAGUAAUUUGCUCAAAUGUAGCAUUCAUUAAUAAAAGUUAGUUGUUUAUUUUAUAUUUGGUGUGUUGGAACCUCAUCCAGCCAUCCAUCCAUCCAU